CGUACAUAAAGGGGACAGUGUGUGAUGAGUUCUGUCAGUAGUGUUGAUAUCUGAGGAAGAGAAGCGGGAUUUACGAGGGACUUUGAAUGCAGCACAACUUCGCAGUGUUGAUCGUUGAAAGCUCGCGUGAGAGAUGUCUGCAGCUCUGAGUUUGCGUCUUUUACGCUGCUACUCAAAACAAGGUGCAUUUCUUAACUAUGGCCCUUGUGCCGUGCGCACAUUCAGUAUCAGCGUAUCAAGAGGAGGCUAUAAAUAUGUAAACGCUCAGGAGCUGCCAACUGACCUGAAAUCCAUCACAGACCGGGCCGCCACAACCCUCCUCUGGACUGAGCUCUUCAGAGGUUUGGCCAUGACCAUGAGUUACCUGUUUCGUGAACCUGCCACCAUCAACUACCCGUUUGAGAAGGGCCCGCUGUCGCCACGCUUCCGUGGAGAACACGCCCUCCGCCGCUACCCCAGCGGAGAAGAGCGCUGCAUCGCCUGUAAGCUGUGUGAGGCCAUCUGCCCAGCUCAGGCCAUCACCAUUGAAGCCGAGACUCGAGCUGAUGGCAGCAGGAGAACUACCCGCUACGACAUCGACAUGACCAAGUGCAUCUAUUGUGGUUUCUGCCAGGAAGCCUGUCCUGUUGAUGCUAUUGUGGAGGGUCCAAACUUUGAGUUUUCUACAGAAACGCACGAGGAGCUUCUUUACAACAAGGAAAAGCUGCUCAACAACGGAGACCGAUGGGAGCCUGAGAUAGCAGCCAAUAUACAGGCAGACUAUUUGUACAGAUAAACCACUUCUUGUAAAAACAAACCAUUUUGGCAUCAUGCUUAUGUACAUUAUAGAAAUAGCUACAUGUUGUGGAGUUAAAAUGUUCAUUUUGAAGCAAGCCCAGUAAUCAUACAUUAACUGGCCAUAAACAAAAAUAAACAAAUCUAACAAAAGUUGUUCUAAAAGCUUUUUUAUAGGCACACCUUCACUGUUGAGCUUUUUCUGUAAAUCAUAAAACUUAACUGAGUAACUUAAAUUUUCAUCUUGUAUUUAUGACUGGGGGGGGGGGGGGGGCUCUGUUGGUUAAUCCUUUAUUAGAAAAAUAACAUCUUAAAUCAUUUAGAUCCUGUUGUUGUCAGGAAUCAGUCUUGCUGCUUCCCAUCUAACUGAGGUUUAUAUCCUCAGUAAUGCGUGUCUCUCUGAGCUAAACGGCUGUUUAGUCUGGUUACAUUGGUUAGUCCUUAUAAUGUGUUUCUGGAAAUCAUUUCACUAUUCCCUCGAGUUCUACUUAGUAAGCAUUUUUGCAAAAUUUUCUUUAUCUUUCGUUAUUUUAGAUAUAUGGCAGUUUUUAACCUAAUGAUGGUCUCAUGCGGUAAUGAUUUGACCUGUCUCCAACUGACUCGACUAUUCCUUAUCCACAGAAUGUUUUCUACUCAGUGGAUCAGCCAGGGUUAAAUACUACAGCUCUUUUGCCAUUGGCUAGAACAGGUUGGGAGCUUUCUUGUUGGUCAGGCACUGUUUGGCUUGUUUUGUUGUAGGAUUGGGUUAGUUUGAACUGUUCAUGUGUUGAAUUCAUUUGUUUUUACUCACUGAUAUUUACAGACACAUUAAAACAUUUUUUAUUGUUUUUAAGUUGAACAUUUCAAUGUAAUGCUUCUCCAGAACAACUGAGGGUAAUUAAAUAAACCAUAUUUUAAACCUA